AUGAGGUUUUACAGGGUUGCAAAAAUGUGUUGUUACAAUCAAGAAUAUGACUUUGGGAAGGUGGGGGGGUCGUCUGAUUCUAUUGAUGACUAUAUGAGAAUAUCAGAGCGAACUGCACGAGAAAUGUUGUAUAGUUUGGCGAGAGGUGUUAUUGAAACCUUCGCUGACAAAUACUUGCGCAAAACUUCAUUGAAUGACAUGCAACAACUAUAUGUGGCACAUGAAGAACGUCAUGGUUUUCUGGAUAUGCUUGGAAGCAUUGAUUGCACAAAGUGGAUUGGAGAUAUUGUCCUAUGGCGUGGAAAGGUCAAUACACAAGUGGUCAUCUUGGAUCGCCUUCGAAAGGCAUCGGAUGCUCCUUUCACAGUAAAUGACCAUGAGUAUAAGUUCGGGUAUUACCUCACGGAUGGAAUAUACCCACCAUAUUCCACGUUUGUGAAGGCGUUUCGACACCCGAUAGAACCAAGAGACAAAUUUUUCAAAAGAAGACAAGAAGGAGCACGUAAGGACGUGUGA